GUAAUGUAUCGUCGUCGGACUCCGUUUUCAGAUUACGGAAAACUGUUACAUGUGUGCGUGAUAUAUGUGGCAUCGAAUGUGUAUUUAAUACAUGUACUUCGCGAAAUUUGCUCGAUAAUACUGACUUUAGAUAACAUUCUUUCGUAUUUCGCUUUUCUCAACCGUCAACUCGCCUCUCGCCUCUCGCGUCUCGCGUCGUGGCUUCGGAGUGAAUUUAUCGUCGUUUCCGGAACACGGAUGAAAGAUACGAGCGAAUCCUAAAUCGAGUUCGAGUAACGCCGCGACGUGUUUAAUUAUCGAUCACAGAUCUCAGUCUCUAUCAACAUCUUAUUACGUUUAACCUCGUAUUUUAUCGUGUGAUUGGUUUUGAUAUUUGGCGAUCGUGGGGAAUAGACAGUGUUCAUAAAUCGAUAAUUUAAUUGCAGUAGUGUCCUCGCGACGCCGACCGCGACGGUUGCUCCUAGGUGGCGAGUGAAGUUGGCCGCGCGAUUCACGAAAUUCUCUCCGCCAUGUUAACGUCUACCUGCGGGGGCUGCGGGACAUCGACGGACGUCGCGGUCGAGCGGAUCGUAUGCUUUUCCGCCGCACGUCUUCCGUCACCGUGUUAUUAAGUACGCGUCGCGUCGCGAGAUUAAUACCGGGAGUGCCGUGCAAAGUGUCGAGAGUGUCGCGCGAUCAUAAGUGACGAUAUUUUCACGCAUGUAACGAGUCAAGUGAACGAGUGAGUGAAUGCGUCGUCAGAGAUGCGACAUCGGGGGAGGACCGAGGAGAGGAGGAGGGGGCCUGGGAGGCAUCGGGCAACGGCGGACCGACCGUGAGAUCGACGCAGAUGAUGAGUUACAACUUAGAACUCCGCUGUUGCGCAUCGACUGUGAACGGAAGUGUUCAAAGGCCCGAAGAUUCUGCCUUCGCAGCAACUGGGCGCUGCGGUCGCUCCAUGGCCGGGCGCAACCGGCCUCAUAGCUUCGGUCACUGCUGACGACAUGGCACACAAAGGGCACAGCGGGGUGAACCAGCUGGGUGGUGUCUUCGUCGGCGGUCGGCCGCUUCCGGACUCGACGCGGCAAAAGAUCGUCGAGCUGGCGCAUUCGGGCGCGCGGCCAUGUGACAUCUCGAGGAUAUUGCAGGUCAGCAACGGCUGUGUCUCCAAGAUCCUCGGCAGUAGGUACUAUGAGACCGGAUCUAUAAGGCCCAGGGCCAUCGGCGGCAGCAAACCGCGCGUAGCAACGGCGGAGGUUGUCAGCAAGAUCUCGCUCUACAAAAGUGAGUGCCCGUCCAUCUUCGCGUGGGAGAUCCGAGAUCGCUUGUUGCAGGAGGGCGUGUGCACGAACGACAACAUUCCGAGCGUGUCCUCGAUCAACAGGGUACUAAGGAAUCUGGCCGCGCAGAAAGAGCAGAGGCAGCAGCAGCAACAGCAGCAACAAGGGGUGGGCGCCGUGGGGGUUGGCGUCGGUGCUGGCAGUCCGGCGGAGAGCGUUUACGAUAAACUCAGGCUACUAAACGGACAGACCACCGGCUGGCCACGACCCAAUCCCUGGUAUCCGUCAAGCGCGGGAAGCCCGUUUUCGUCGAUACAAUCUAGUUUGAGUCCGAGCCAUUGUUCGUCCCUGCCACCGGAUCCGGCGGAUAUAUUGCACGCGAAGAAAGUAACCGAGCUUGAGGGUGGCGCGCACUCGGACGAGACGAACAGCGGGGGUGACAACAGCAAUGCCGGCAGCGUGUCGGGCGGCGCCGAUGACGAUCAGGCGCGUCUCCGCCUGAAGAGGAAACUGCAAAGGAAUCGCACGAGCUUCAGCAACGAGCAGAUCGACGCGCUCGAGAAGGAGUUCGAGAGGACGCACUACCCGGACGUGUUCGCCAGGGAAAGACUUGCCGGCAAGAUCGGUCUACCGGAGGCGCGAAUACAGGUAACUAUUCAGCGCAGCGUUGCACAGUCUUGACCACAAAAAUGCUUAGAAAACGGACAUGUAUGCACUCAGAAAAAAAAUAUGCCAGCAACUAAAUUGAAGAGAAAUAGAAAUCGUAACUAUAUGUUGUUAUGAAAUUGCAGUGAGAAAAAUAGAUAAGUUGCAUGAAUUGAAGAAACAGUAACGUCAAUCAUUUGUAGUAAAUAUGAUGAGAAUGGUUAUAAAAAG